AUGGGCAACUUGUUACGAAUUUUACUGAACAAUGAUCAGUCAUCAAAGUCAUCAGAAAACAUCUUUGUUGACUUUGAAAAUGUUCAACCUACAGAGGCUGAAAGGCCAGUUUGGCUUUUGGUUAAAUCUGUCCUAGACUCAGCACAUGAUAUUCUGUUGGAGCUGCAGCGAUAUAGAGGGGCCUCAGAAGAGAUUCGCAUGGCCAUUUCAAACCCAAAGAUAGAAGACCUACAAGACAAGGCCUGGCAGUCAGUGACACCACUUGUGUCCAAGCUGAGAGGCUGCUUUGAGUUCUCCCUUAAGCUGGAAAGAGUUAUUCCAGAAUUAUUGAGAGUUCUCUGCUCUGAGAACAUAACUCCACGGGAACACUUAGAACAACAGCAAGCUUUGUUUAAACAGUUUGCCGAGAUUCUGGACUUUGUCCUCAAGUUUGAUGAUCUGAAGAUGACCACACCAGCAAUACAGAAUGACUUCAGUUACUACCGGAGAACUCUUAGCAGGAAGAAAAUGGCCAACGAGGAGGAGUUACCAACAGGGGAGGAUCACGUGUCCAACGAGCUGGCCAACCGUAUGUCACUGUUCUAUGCACAAGCCACACCCAUGCUGCAGUCCAUCAGUGAUGCCACGGCCAAAUUUGUUACUCAGAACAAAGAUCUUCCAGUGGAGCAGACCACAGACUGCUUGAGUCUGAUGGCCAACAUCUGCCGAGUGAUGAUUGAGAACCCUCAGUACAGGUCCAGGAUAAAGGAGGAGACACAAUUGUUCUGUCUCAGGGUCAUGGUCGGGGUCAUCAUUCUUUAUGACCACGUACAUCCUGUUGGAGCUUUUGCCAAAACAUCGGGAAUUGAGAUGAAGAGUUGCAUCAAGUUACUAAAGGACCAACAGAAAGGAACUGUGGAGUCUUUGCUAAAUGCCUUAAGAUACACAACAAAACAUCUGCAAGAUGAAACCACGUCGCGAACAAUCAAGAACAUGCUCGCUGUUUGA